AUGUUUAGUUCUCGCUUAUUCUCGAGUAGAUUAUCAAUAUCCAGAGGAUUAGCAAUUCCUCGAAUUGGCACUACUACUUCAGUGUUUUCCCCUACAAAAAUCAUAUCCAGAAAUUAUGCCGUAUAUCUUCCAAUAAAACGUAAAAGGCAGGCAAGAUUAAGAUAUAUAUUCUAUAUGGUCUUAGUUUCAUUCGGAGCAAUGUAUUAUGUUUCCCAUAGUGUCGAUAAACGAAAUGUCAAGAAAUCAUUUUCAGAAGGUGAAUUUAAACAAUAUGAACAAGAAACGGGAUUAAGAAGAAGACAUAAAUUGAUUAGUCAUGAUUUAAAUGAAAAAUAUCAAUUUUAUGUUGUUCCUUAUGUCCAUGACAACCAAGCGAUUGAUAAGAUUGUUAAGCGAGUAGAAGAAUUGGGUAGGAAGGUUAGAGUUAUUGAUCCUGCUGAAUUGAUUAAGACUGAGAAAGAGGAUGAACGGAAUAAAUAUUGUUAUCUUUUACAAGAUUUAGAUGAUGGUCAUAAGGAAUAUCCUGCAGGGUUGAUAACUGCGUUGAUUAAGCAAUAUAUUUCAUUCUUUAUGAAUACUAGGGAUGGAACUUUUGAUACCACGUUUAUUAUUAAGAAUUAUCCUCAACAUACUGCCGAAGCUAUUAAGUUUGAAAAUGAUGUAUGUGAUAUUAAUCAAUGUAUUGUUUUAAAUGAUGAUAUUGAGAAUCAGUUGCCUCAAGAAAAGGAUGAUGAGACAGUUAGAGCAAUUAAGAAUGUCGAUGGAUAUUUUGGAUCAGUUGGGAAAACAAAAACACUUGUAAAUAAAUCUAACAAAUUAGAAUCGGAGUUGAAAAAGGUUAUAUCUGAAGAUUUCUAA